CAUUGCGUACGUCUUUAAGAGUGAAAGUUCCGAAUGCGCAUUGCGCACCCAUGCCAUUAGCUUAUAUAAUACUCGGAGCCAGAAUCUGUAACGCUCCCAUUUUCUUUCGCUGUAACCGACACUUCUCUCUAAUGGCUUCUUCCGCUGCUGUCGUUGACGAGGCCAAGCACGGCUUCUCUCGCCCGGAGAUGUACAAGGAGAACCUCGCCGGCACCGUCGACGCCUACGACCGCCACGUGUUCCUCUGCUACAAGAACCACAGCGUCUGGCCGCCUCGCAUCGAGGCCUCCGAGGCCGAUCCCCUUCCCAAACGCGUCGCUAGUGUCUGGAAAGCUCGCAAAAACGAUGUCGCUGUCAAGACGAAAAUCACGGUGUGCGAGGCGCGUGAGGAGGCCGGUUUCGCCGAUGGCGACGUGUUGAUUUUCCCUGACAUGAUCAAAUACAAGGGUUUGGAGGAAUCAAAUGUGGAUGGCUUUUUUGAUGAUGUGAUAGUGAAUGGUAAAGAGUGGAAUAGUGGUGGAGAGAAGAGUGUGUUGAGAGGUUCGCAUAUUUUUGUGUGUGCUCAUGGAAGUCGUGAUGUCCGGUGCGGUGUUUGUGGGCCAGUUCUAUUGGAUAAGCUCAACGAGGAAAUUCAGCUGAGGGGAUUGAAGGAUCAGAUAUCUGUUGUGGCUUGUUCUCAUGUUGGGGGUCAUAAGUAUGCUGGGAAUGUCAUCAUAUUCUGUCCAGGACCAGAUGGAAAGAUCACGGGUAACUGGUACGGCUAUGUUACUCCGGAUGACGUGCCUGCUUUGUUGGACCGACAAAUUGCCAAAGGAGAGGUCAUACAAAAACUUUGGAGGGGCCAAAUGGGACCACCUGUUGCCGAAAUCAAGGUAGCAGAUGACCACAAACUUGCUAAUGGAAAUGAUAAUGGCAAGGCCAGUCUGAGCAGCAACGAAAAUGUGGGAGGAUGCUGUCAAGGUGCUAAUGGGGUUUCUUGCUGCCAAAGUGCAAGUUUUGAGCAAAACAAAGAGAAUGAUAAUAAAAGCGCAGAAGCUUAUAAAAGGCAGGGGAGGAGCAAUACAAGUUGUAGUUGGCCUUUACUACAGAAACGUGAUAUUCUUACAGCUACUGGUAUACUUGGAGCUUUGGCAGCUGUUGCUAUAGCUUACAGAUUUUACAGAAGGUCAAGCUGAAAUUCGCUUUAUUCUUAAGUUUGCUGUUGCUAAACAUGAAGACCUCACCUGUUUUUACUUUACGCUACUUCUUCUCUAGCAAAUUAAAUAGUUUUUACUUGUUUUUGUUAUCUUCAUUAGAAGAAAGAAAAACACCCAUGGAAUCAGUCAAGUCACUCUUGCACUUUCUUCAUAAAAAUUUAGGUUCCACGCAAA